UCCAUCUCUAAUUAAACAAUAAAAAAAAUACAUAUACGAAAAAAGGAAACCAAAUUAGACAAUAUAUAAGUUAUCGAAUCAGAGUCAGUAUAAAAUUUUUGUCCACACCCACACAUACACCCGCAGGAGGAGUUUGAACUCGAACAAUGACGGGAUCUUUCAGUGUGAAGCUCAAGUCCAAAAAAGGUCAAUUCAUUGUCAACGACCUGAACGAGCAUACAACGCUGGGCGAAUUGAAAACGAAAAUAGUCCAGGCCACCGCCAUACAAGCGCCCCAGCUGCACGUCCUGGUGGGCUAUCCGCCGAAACCACUGGACCUAUCGCAGCAGCAGGAGCAGCGCGACCUCAAGACGGUCGGAAUUAACAGCGGAGAGACACUGAUUGUGGAGGAGAAGGCUGCACCCACUGCCACCGCCUUUGUGCCUGCAACCCACACCAUGGAUGAUGACGAGGCGCUGGCGCGUCGUCUACAGGCCGAAGAGGAAGCUCAGCUCCUGGAGGCAACCGGAGGAGUUCCCGCCCAGGUUCCCGAACUCCCUGUGGCGCCCACGGAAAGCGGCCCCAACGGCGACUUCAACGGCAUUCUGCUGAAGAAGGUUGUGCCGGCGGACAACUCGUGCCUCUUCACCAGCAUCCGCUUUGUGCUCAACGGCAAAGUGGACAACGAGGGCAGCGAGAUGAUGCGGCAUAUCAUCGCCCAGGAGGUGGCUGCCGAUCCCCAGAGCUACAACGACGCCGUGCUGGGCAAGUCUAAUGCGGAGUACUGCGCCUGGAUACAGAAGGCGGACUCGUGGGGCGGCGCCAUCGAGGUGUCUAUUCUGUCCAACUACUAUGGCAUCGAGAUCGAUGUGGUGGACAUCCAAAAUGCCAUUAUCAACCGCUUUGGCGAGGACAAGAACUUCGGCCUGCGUGUCUUCCUGCUCUUUGAUGGCAUUCACUACGAUCCGCUGUACAUGGAGACCUCCCAAAGUGCUGCUCCGGCCACCAUUUUCCCCGUGGAAGAACUGGGCGUUUAUCAGCAGGCGGAACAACUGGCCAACGAGGCGCAGUCCUCGCGUCAGUAUACCAAUGUGGACAAGUUCACAUUGCGUUGCAUGCAGUGCGAUGUAAGGUUGGUUGGCCAGGUGCAGGCCCAGGAACACGCCAAGCAAACCGGACACCAACGCUUUGGGGAGAUUUAAUACGUCCUGAUUUUCGGCACCGUCUACAUUGUGGCUUUCAUGCUGUUCGCCUACUACCUGCUCACCACCUAGCCACAAUCGCCGUGCGAGGAGUCACCGCAGUAGCUAAAUUGUACUACCUCCACAUCACCGCCUACUUAAGUUAUUAAUUAUUGAGCCAGCCGCUUGUUUUCAUAGUCCCUCUUUAAUCCCUCUCGGAACGCAAUAAAGUAUACAUCUUCAUCUA